AUUCCAGAGAAAACAAACCCUAACGAACCCUUCGCCGUCGUUCAGCCGUGUUCUCCUUCGCCGUCGUUCAGCCGUGUUCUCCUUCGCCGUCCUUCUCCAUCGCGAAAACGAACCCUAACGUCGUUCAGCCGUCGUCCUCCAUAAGAUGAUGAUGGUAAUGUUAGACAAAAAAGUGUAGAAGUGAACGACUUAAUCCCGAACAAAGUGGGAUUUAAGGUGCAAACAAUCUGGAAUGAUGACCAUCAGCCCAUAGGAGAGGCAGGUGGACUGUUAUCAGGAUAUAUUGGCUUUCUUGCUAGUAGUGAUGAAUUGCUUCCUAUAAUGUAUCCAAAAUGGCCCAAAGUUCCGUUGGCAAAGAAAGACUUAAUUUAUGAUAACAACAUAAAGGCUAAAUUUGUUGUAAGUGAUACAAACAAGUUUCAUAAGAAGUGGAUUUAUACAAGCUUGGGAAAGAGGUGGAGGGAACGUCGGUGCUUUCUAUUCAAUAAGUAUUAUGAUUGGGCUCUUACUGUUGAACAAAACAUAGAGCAAUUUCCACCUGAAGUUACAAAAGAUCAUUGGGCCAUGUAUUUGAAUUAUAGAUUGUCUCCGGAUACUAUGGCGAAAGCAGACAAAAAUGCUCUAAAUCGCCAAAAGCAACGUAUUCCCCAUACGUUAGGCACAAGGUCACUAGCAAGAACACGAGAUAUUAUGGAACAAAGAGAUGGACGGUCUUACAGUAGAGGAGACAUGUAUGAAAUCUCUCACACGAAGAGGAACGGAUCAUAUGUUAAUGAUGAGGCUCGACAAAAAAAUGAAGAGUUACAAAAAGAAAGGCAGACAUCAUCUGAUAAUGAGGCUUUUGUGACCGUGUUUGGAAAAGAGCAUCAUGGUUAUGUUCGAGGAAUGGGACUUGGUCCAACACCAUCUCAAAAUAAUGGUUCUAGUUCUCGUCCUUCAGUAUCAACUUCUUCAUCGACUGCUGAUGCCAAAAUAGCUAAGAUGCAAAGCGAAAUUGAUGUGCUAACUAAAGAAGUUGCUGAAGUUAAUGAGCUUAAAGCUAAAGUUGCUGAAUUUGAUGCAAUGAAGGAACAAUUUGCUCUUAUUAUGGCUAAUAUGCAAAACCAGGGGUAUAACAUAGGAUCGUCGUUUGAAGUACGACGCUCUUCUGAGUCUAGUCAUAAUGUUGAGGGUAAUCAAGCAACUCCAGACGAUUCAACUUAGAUAUAUAAUUUUUGUUUAGGCGUGUUGAACUUUUGAUGUCACGCUUUUCUAUUUGUUUUAAUUUUGAUGUACUAGGCGCAUGUGUUGUGACCUUCGUUUUUGUUUUUUGUUAUGUACUAUUUAGGUUGCAUGUGUCAAUGCAAACUUUAGAUGUAUUGCGCAUGUAUUGUGACCUUUAGUUCCAUGUGUCGUUGUGAACACCUUAUUUUUGAA